AAUUUGAAAACCAAAAAAAAAGGCCGAAGUCAGAACAGGCAGUAUUGACCAGCGGCAAAUGACCAAAACCGGAUCAGACGAGAAUGUCAUUACUGAAACCCAAUAUAUUCUUUUGGAUUUAGGGGAAAACGCUCCUGACGAUAUUGUCGAGAGUGGCGAAACCAGCGGCGGAUACUCCCUGAUAGGAUUGGAUACGCCGACACCAUAUCUGCAGCUAGGCUCAGAGAUCUAUCAAGGCGAGUUUGAUGAGACUAUUGGUAGCAAUCUGUUCUUGGAAAAGGUACCGAAGAACGAAGGCGGCUAUAUACCAAAGGCUAUCAACAAUGAGGACAGGUCGUUCAGCCUGUCUUUCGCUGGAGCAACUAGUAAAACUAUCAAAUUUCGCAAGGUGAACUUGACGAAAAAGGACGAAGGCGCUCCCAUACCUGCAGAGAAUGACGUUGAAGACCACCCAGAUACAAUGGGAGAGCCCUCGAAGAAGGAAGACAAGCACGACGAUUCUUUUGUAUAUUGGACCGCUUAAUAUCUUCAUCGAAGCUAUAAUACUGUCAACAAUGCUGUAAAUACCAACACCUUUGCUACCAAGCAAUUUCUUCAUAAAUCAUACUGCAGACCAAUUGGCAUAUGUACAUGUUUUACUAGCAUGAUGAUGUUUUUGUAUGAGACG